AUGCUCGCGCGUCACGGACACCGUGGCAUUACGACCAAGCAUGCAGUGCGGACGUUUGUCGCGGCCUCGGCCGUACGACACGCACGCGGGCCAUCCUCAGCCAUGCCGUCAUCGUCGCGAAAACCAUCCUCGUCCUCCCCUGCGAGAGGCGACAAGCCACGCAAGUCUGUUCUGCGCCACUUUCUUGAAAGUGGCGGUAUCUUGCACCAGAACGAUGCACCGAAAUUCGACUUUGUGUCACUCAAGUCCAGCAUGCCAUCCUCGCACACGUUCCGGCGCACGCGUCUGCCCAUGUCGAAAGCAAAGGCACUGGCGCAGGAAAGUCGUGCUCUGCGUGAACAGGUAGCAUCGUCGGCAUCAGCUACGCAGGGCAAUGUUUCCCUGGCGUCAUCAGCUGCUAUGCUGGCGGAUGCGUCACCAUCGGCUAGCGACGGACUGUCGAAAACGCAAACCAGCGCGCCGUGGACGGAAGCAGAGCCACGGCCAACAUUGCCACUUACAUCUACGCAUAUCACGUCGAGUGAACUGCCUGAAGUUGCGGCGUUUGCUACGGCAAAGUCAUACAAUUUUGAUGUUCUCUUGAGCAGUGGCCGUCUACCGGCGAAUUGGAUUUGGCUUGAAGACCGGGAGGUCAUCUACAUUCCAUCCUGGCCACCAACGCCGGCCAAAGCUUCCACCACACAGCGAGGAAGCGUUUUUAUCUUUCGCUCCGGUUGCUAUGUGACAUGGGGUAUGAGCACAGAGCAGAACUCAGCUUUCUACCGCGAUGUGAUCCGGGAUGGCAGUGUGCCACCUGUCGAAGAAUCACGCUACGAUGUGGCUGGUGACGAAGCUAUGGAGUAUGUGCACAUUCCUAACGAAGUGACGCGCGUCGUGGGCGACUUGAUCGUCAUUGGGCACCAGCGCGAUGAGAAGGAACGCCAUGCACGCUCGUCACGAGCACCAUCUACACCCUCGCUGACGUUGCAAGCGCGCCUUGCCUUUUCGCAAGGACUUGCCGCUUCAGCACGGUUGUCGGUGCAGGAGUCUGUGCUUCUUGACUAUCUAGAGAGCGUCGCGCCGAUUCCAUCCCGUCUUGAAUCGAGUGGCAAGGUGCCAUUACCGCGGAAGGAAGUGAUUCGAAAGCUUGGCACCCUCCUACGGAUCCGGCAGCGCUUAAAUCUUGACCGAGAUAAUUUCAUUGAUGAUCCGGAACUAUAUUGGGAAAACAGCCACAUGGAAGCCCUGUAUCGCAGCAUAUGCUCGGCCCUCGAUAUGAAGCCGCGCUUCGAGGCACUCAAUGCGAAACUCAACCACUGCGAAAACUUGCUGGAGGUUCUGCGUGCCCUCUUGACAGAGCAGUCAAGCCACCAUAUGGAGCUGAUUAUUAUCUAUUUGAUUGCGUUUGAGGUGGGCAUGGCCCUUGUGAGCCAUGAGUACGUCCCGACGCCGCAGACAUUCUGGCAGUGGCUCUGGUCAUCCGCAACAGCAUCAUAG